AUGUCCGCUGUCAUGCGACUCAAUAACCAUCUUCAACGUAACGGUCAACUUGAGCAGUUGAGCUGGGCGGAAUCUUCCUAUGGUCCACCGAACGACCUCAAUUGGACAAUGAAAUGCAAGCUGCGAGAACAAGUCCUUGGAGAGGCUACGUCGAAGAGGAAGAGCGACGCGAAAGAGGCUGCUGCUGCGACCGCUCUGAGUAGGCUCGGUCAGUGA